AUCAUAUUCAAAUUUUCGGUUCUUCCAGAGAAUUUCGAAUGCUCUGAGCCUCUGUCACUCUCUGUCUCAGACUAUCAAGAGUGCUUCAGAAAGCUUAGAGAAGCGGAAACAAGCGAGAUCGUGAAGAUGAUCGCCAGUCUGAAAGCCGAAGAGAUGAACCAGUUGCAGUUGGUUGAGCGAGAGGAAAUUGACGACGAAGAGGAACUGUUCGAAGCGAUCGAUAAGCUGAUAUCUCAAGGAAUCAAUUCUGGAGAUGUGAAGAAGCUGCAAGAUGCAGGGAUCUACACCUGCAAUGGCCUUAUGAUGCAUACAAAGAAGCACUUGACCGGGAUCAAGGGCUUGUCUGAGGCUAAGGUUGAUAAGAUAUGUGAAGCUGCAGAAAAGAUAGUGAAUUUUGGUUACAUGACUGGCAGUGACGCUCUACUCAAACGUAAGGCAGUUAUCCGCAUCACAACUGGAAGCCAAGCACUAGAUGAACUGCUGGGAGGUGGUGUGGAAACUUCGUGUAUCACAGAAGCCUUUGGAGAGUUCAGGUCUGGGAAGACGCAGCUUGCACAUACACUCUGUGUGUCCACUCAGCUACCCACCAACAUGAAUGGAGGGAAUGGCAAAGUUGCUUACAUAGAUACUGAAGGGACAUUCCGCCCUGAUAGAAUUGUUCCAAUUGCGGAAAGAUUUGGCAUGGAUCCAGGAGCAGUGCUUGAUAAUAUCAUUUAUGCUCGGGCAUACACUUAUGAGCACCAGUACAAUCUGCUCCUUGGUCUGGCAGCAAAAAUGUCUGAAGAACCAUUCAGACUUUUGGUUGUGGACUCUGUGAUUGCUCUUUUCCGAGUGGAUUUCACUGGCAGAGGGGAACUUGCUGAUCGACAGCAAAAGCUGGCACAGAUGCUAUCCAGAAUGACCAAGAUAGCUGAGGAAUUCAACGUCGCUGUCUACAUGACCAACCAAGUGAUUGCUGACCCUGGCGGUGGAGUAUUCAUAUCAGACCCCAAGAAACCGGCAGGAGGGCACGUGCUAGCACAUGCUGCCACAAUCAGGCUGAUGUUCAGGAAAGGCAAAGGCGAGCAACGUGUCUGCAAGGUGUUUGACGCCCCCAAUCUUCCCGAGGCUGAAGCAGUCUUUCAGAUAACACCAGGAGGCAUUGCAGAUGCGAAGGACUAAACCAACCAGAUUUGCUGCUUCGCCAUCUUGAGUAAGCAAAAAGACUAGUAGAACGUUUGCGUCAAGAUCCCCAGGAUUAAGCUAGCAGCUCACUUGUUUAAUCUGUUACAGUUAUCUCGAUAGGAAUUGGUCUAUUAAAUAUGUAAUCCAGGAACCAUUGUGAAACGAAGAACUUAUGUCGUCAUGGUCGUUACUUACGCUCGAACAAGACUGUAGUUGGCAAAUCCCAUGUACAGGGAAAUACAUUCUUAUUUCAUGAUGAUAUAUUCAUUCAGCAGGAGCAGGAAUCCCCCUUUUGUCGAGUUUCGAUACUGAGCAACAUGUACAGCAGCUCUCCAGAUACUAAAUACCAGUAGUACAAAGGUUGCAACAUCUUAGAACAAAGCAAAAAAUUCAAACAAGAUGAUAGUUGUCAAAGCCAAUGGGGGAAGAAGGCCUGUUAAUAAGAAAAGCCUCGCCGAUUGGGGGGGUUUAUAACUCGGCGGCUGGUGCUCAGUAGUGCUCGGACCAGUUGUACGAGCUUCCGACUCUGGGCAUGCCACUGCUCUCCUUCUUAGCAUCGGCAUCCACCUUGAAGUUCGACCCGCAGACCUGGCCUGAGCUGUCGAUUCUUGGGAUUGGCUUCAACUCGUUCAGCGGGUGCUCGAAGCUCCUCAACCCUCCAGAAGUGGUAAAGAAGCAUCCUUUGGGGAAUGGCGCAAAAGAUUUACCACAAACCUUCUGCACAACUUCGGUGUCGUCAGAAAGAACAAGAUGGCCAUCAGAAUCAGUUCCCCAGAAGAAGGGUACACUUCCAUCAGCAUCAGAAGCGAACAUCGUGGCUUUGGCAGCGCUGUCGUAGAGCACGAAAGCAAACUUGCCCUGGAUGUCUCUGAUGACUUGAUCGGGAGGGUACGGCCCACGGUCUCUGAGAGUCCUGUAAGCUUCAAUGACGAUGAUAACCUCGUUUGCAGCUUUGUUUAGCCCAUACUGUUGCUUCAGGACGGCUACAUUCUCAAUGUGGCCUUGGAACAGGCAGAAAAUGUCAUCCACCACCGCGAAUAACCUAGGGACGAGAGGGUUCUGCUUGGCAAGAGAGUAGGCGAUCAACCCAGAAGAUCCGAGAUUGACGAUGACGGAACCGGGGUGAAGGGACUCGAAAUGCUUGGCCAUGAACCCAUCUUUGAGAGCGGAGGCGGCACUCCCGGCGGCAGGGCUCUGGAGCUCCGCCGGGCACUUGGCGACGUUCUUAUCGAACACAGCCAACAUUUGGAUUCGGGGCCAGAAAUGCGUGCACUGCUUUGUUUGUCUGAAAAUCGCACCAGAGAGCAAACGAAGAUUUGUGGAGAGAAGAGAAGGGAAGGGAAGGGAAGGAAAAGAGAGGAGCAGUCGUGGUUAGUUAAAUAAGGUGUCUAGUAAAUCGGAUUUGUUUUGGAUUUUUCUCACAAUUUCUUUUUCAAACUUAGCAAAUU